GCUCUGCCGGGGGAAGACGGAGCUGGGCGAGCCCGCGCUUUUCUCCUUCUUCUUUUCCCGCCCGCCGGGCCUGAGGCGCGACCCUCCGCCACCCACCUUCCCGCCAGAGACCCUGUAUCUUGGCUACCUCCCAAGGACCUGCCCUUACCCUGAUGUAAACACCCCAGAUGUUGGACGCCAUGGCCAAGCCUGCAGGGGGAGAGCCGGUCUCCAAAGCCAGAGAACUCUGCCAUGAAUGUGGGCAGUUCCAUUUGCUGCCAGAUAACCAUCUUUACAACUUUCAGGACGAAGUGGAUGACGACCUGACCUGCCACAUAUGCCUUCAGCCUUUGCUCCAGCCUAUGGACACACCUUGCGGACACACAUAUUGUUUUAAGUGCCUCGAAAACUUCAUGCAGGAGUACAACUUCUGUCCUAUGGAUCGGAAAAAACUGUCUUUCCAGCACUGCCGGAAGUCCAGCCAUUUGGUGCGGAAUCUUUUGGAUAAACUCAUUGUCAUCUGCCCCUUUCCAGAUGACUGUAAGCUGACUAUGCAGCGGUGUGAGCUAGAGGCUCACUUACAAAACAGGUGUCCUGGCUUCAAGAAAUACAAAGUUCAACUAGAAAGGAAAAAGAACCCUCGCUCCAGGUUGAAGGGAGAUUCCCUUGCCAGGCUGGAAACGAAUACCCCGAAAGAGCCCGAGAUAUCAAAUGGAGUGUCAUCCCUGGUGGCUGGAAGCUCAAUAGCUGCCGUGGUAUCCUUGGAGACACCAGAACCUGGCUUGGUUAAUCCAGCCUUUGAUGGGAGUGAAGAAGAUUUACCCCAAAGAGCUAGCCUUGUAGCAGAGACAAGCACCAUUGAAAUUCACCGAGAAGACCCUGAGGAAGAACUUGGGAUGCGGAUAGUUGGGGGUAAAGACACACCUCUUGGCAACAUUGUUGUCCAAGAAGUUCUUCGGGAUUCAGUUGUUUCAGCAGAUGGAAAGAUAGCACCUGGAGACCAUAUCCUAGAGGUGAAUGGUGUCAACAUUAGCAGCGUGACUCAUUGCCAAGCUAUCUCCUUACUGCGCCAACCCUGUGCUGUGCUCCACCUCAUAGUGCUCCAAGAGAAAGGGUUUAACACCAAGGCUGGGCAGCCGGAUUCCAGUCCAAUAAACCAGGAAGUGAUCCACGUUACCCUUGUGAAGAGAGACCAGUCUGAACCUCUUGGCAUCAAGUUGAUCAGAAAAACUGAUGAGCCUGGGAUUUUCAUUCUGGAUCUUUUAGAUGGAGGCUUGGCGGCCAAAAAUGGGAAACUGACUCAGAAUGAUAAAGUCCUUUCUAUAAAUGGCCAAGAUUUACGUCAGGGAACACCUGAAGCAGCUGCUCAGAUAAUCCAGAUUAGUGAAGCACGAGUCAAUUUCGUGGUCCUUCGUCAGCUUGGCGUGCAACUCUCAGAUGCUGCUGAAGAUGGCGGUGCGUCAAAUACUAGCAGCAGCAGCAGCAAUGGGGGAAGUCCUGUGCACCAUCACAGGAGACCUGAACAGAAUCACUAUCAACGAAAAUCCAGCUUUCAGAAGGCAGUCCCUCAAGGAUAUCUCAACCAGGAGAAGGUAGUUGCCAUAAAGAAGGAGCCAAAAGAAUCUCUAGGAAUAACGAUAGGAGGUGGAAGGGAUAUUAAAAAUAGACUCCCAAUUUAUGUAACUAGCGUACAGCCUGUUGGAUGCCUUUUUAGAGAUGGCAGGAUUAAGAAAGGAGAUGUACUUUUGAAUAUAAAUAAUGUCGACUUGACACAUCUGAGCUACAAUGAAGCGGUCUCUGCAUUGAAAUCGAAUGCGGCAUUGCACACCGUGGCACUGAAAGCCCUAGAAAUUGUGGUACCAGAGCAGACAUCUGAAUCGGCUGAGACUCCUGAUACCAGAGAAAAUGGCUUCAGCUGGGCUACCUGGGCUCCUCUCUGGACCAUGUGGCUUGGAUUGCCCAGCCACCUCCACUUCUGUCAAGAUAUUAUCUUGCAUAAAAGCAACUCUGAGAGCUGGGGAUUCAGCAUAGUUGGCGGGUUUGAAGAAAGCAAAGGGAACCAGCCGUUCUUCAUUAAGACCAUUGUGCCGGGAACCCCUGCCUUCUGGGACAAAAGGCUGAAGUGUGGGGAUGAAAUCGUGGCAGUCAACGGAGUGUCUGCUGUAGGAAUGAGCAACGGCGAGCUGAUUCCCAUGCUGAAGGAACAACGCAAUAAAGUAACCCUUACUGUGGUGUCCUGGCCUGGUAGCCUUGUGUAAGAAGUCAACUCUAACCCAAAGUUUCAUGUACGCGCUACUUUGGUGCCAGGCUUCAAAGACUGGAGUGAUGAACCAACCAAGGAAACCAUGAGCUGGUCUAACAGUGCCGUCCUCCUCAAGGCUUUCACCAGGAGCCCCGUUCCUAAGCAAAAGGCAAACGUAGCUUAGUGAUAGAAUCUGAUUUUUAGACUCAACUCCCUGGCAAAAGAAUCCACACUUCAGUGAGCAAUUUGAGUUCUAUCAUUUUAUGAGUGUUGUUUUCUCAUGUCCUUACAUAUGUUGAGAAAGUGAACUCUGAGCCUAAAAACGUCUGUUUUAAUCCUGCCCAGAUAAACGAUUGCAAGCAGAGCUUGUAAAAGUCUGCAAGAUGAUUUAAGGUCCUUCAUAUAGUCAAUCAUGUUGGCUAAUAUUUAACUUCGGUGGUAACUUUUGUUGACCGAUAAACACAGCAAGAGGCCCGUGAGGUUUGCCUCAGAGCAGCUAUUGUUCCUUUCCAUGGUCGGUGGAAUGGGGAUGUGUAUUCCACUGUUUUGGUAACAGUUUCAAAUAUGCCGUGCCCCGUUUCUCAGCUCUCUUCUCUUAAAGUUGGGGCUGCUUGCAAUAUACAGCUUGCCUCUGAGCACCUGUGAUUUCUCUGCGAGGACAUGGUGCGCUUGCGUCAGCGAUGCCUGACGCAGCAGCCACUUUCAGCUUUAAGACUGGACGUUCUCUGCUGUUGAGAAUGAAGUAAAGGGAGCAGCGGAAUAAUGUGGCCACUGACGGAUUAUUGAAUCAUUGAUGCAGAUAAAUGAUGAUUGAAUCUCUAAUCAUUUAUCUGUAUCAUCUCUGCUUGUUAUACUCUAGGUUGCUGGAUAGCAAGGUACUUGUCUUCCCACUUCUUUCAGCAGCGCCCAAGUUUAAGGAGAACAGCAGUGCUGUGUCUUCUUACGGCCCAUUCAUCACAUCAGAGAGGAUGCACGUAGCCCCUGCGGGUUGGCAUCUCAUACCACUCAAUAGGACAACCCUGCCGCCGCUUGAGAGAAGUCAAGCGCCCCUUUGCAGACAAUGGAGGCUUCACGUUAGGCGCCAGCAGGAGUCCAGCCAGAUUUUGAGCGAGCAGCAGUCGUGGGGCCAAAGAGGAAGAGACGGCAACAGAAUUGGGCCCGCUGCGGAGUCCCUAUAAGCAGUGUGUGGGAAGAAUUUAAAGCACAACACGGUUUCUCCCGGGUGGGUGGCAAAUCUGAAUCCUCCCCACGACGCACACGUUCCCCCGUUCCCCCUAAACCCUUUUCCUUUCAUAAUUAUCGUUAUUCUUUUUCCUGCCUAGGCUUCUGGUCUCAGAAUGCUGGGAGGGAAAUGGCUAGAAAAAGUCAUUUUGGGGAAAAGCCUAGCUGGCAGUGAGGCUUCAGCUCCACUCUCCCAUCCUGAGCUUUUCGUUGCCUCCUGACCCCCUCCCAGCUACGUUAGGGAAUCAAUAAAACCUGGGUUGGAUCCCGGCCACUGCCCAAUCCAGUUGCGCCCUUACUAGAAAGAGGGGAGAAGGAGCAGCUAUUCGCCUUGCAGAGGUUGGAGAAACCAAUCAAAGCAGCCUCUCCUCUCUGUUGUUGCCGCCCUCUUUCCCACCCCCAACAUGACGCUUUUUGAAAAGGCAAAGAGCCACCUGAAAGCAUGGCUUCUCUUCUUGUCAGCUGUUUCUUCAGGGUUUAAGACCCAAGAAGGUUUGCCAUCGUUUUUCUCUGCAGAGGAUCGGUGCUGCUAAUAGCUGUAUAGCAGGCAGAAAAUCCAACCAGCUCCACCUUUCUUAAUGUGCACCUGUAGGUAAAAUUCAUUUAUGCAGUUGCUCAAUACCAUGUGUGUGUGUGUACGUACGUACACGCAUGCCCGCAUGUUGAUUCUUCAACCCUAAACACUAAUUGACAGGACUCAGGAUAAACGCUUCCUUUUAAUCUUCGUAUGUUCUCCUCUUCUACCCUACACAACCAUGACUCCAGGCUAGUCUCUAAAAAUAGGCUUGUUUACAUUUAGCUGCACCGUUCCAAUACUUGUUCAAGGUCCUGUUCUUUUAUUGUUUCGUGCCCUACCAAGUGAUUCAGCGAUCUUGACUGUUAGCUUAAGCCUCUUUGAUUGUAGACCGAGAGGUCAUUAGUUUGCCGUACUUACAGAAGCUUCCUCAAAGUGGCCUGCUCAUUUUUUUCUUUUAACAGGGGUUUCCAAGUCCUUGGUUUGCAGAAUGCUUUUAAUCAGCUGUAGGUCUUUGUUUCAGUUUAAAGGUCAGAGGCCCCUGAGAAGUGCUUACCUCUCUGUGGAGUGCAGGUAAGCUGUCAUGUUUGAAAGACUUGCCACAGCUCUUCAGGCUGGUGGAAUGUGGGUCUAUCUAUCUAUCUAUCUAUCUAUCUAUCUAUCUAUCUAUCUAUCUAUCUAUAUUUCAGGAGAUGGCUGUGUUUGCAGACAGAUACUGCACUCGCUUUGGCAGUUUGUGAAUGUCACAGCUAAGUUCUUACGCCCUUCAGCUCAGGCCUGUUGGCAUCAGACUGACAGCUGUUUGAGAAUUAUCAGUACAGCGGUCAGUUCUCACAUAAGUAGGAAUGUGAAGUGAAACACACACACACACCCCGCAAAAGGACUUUAGGGCUCAUUCAUACAUUUAAAUUGGAAGUGGUGAUGUGCAUGUCCAGACUUCGCUGUCUCGUUUUAAUGUUGUGAGCUGCUGCUGGUGCCAUGUUUGUGAGGAUGUUGAUCUGAUUUGCGGUAUGGCAGGGUGGAGGAGAUUGGUUUUUACAUGCGGGUGAUGUCCAUCAACACUUCACAUGAAAAUGUCACAGUAUACACAUUGGGGGUUAAUGCCUACAUUUAAAUGUGGUUUUAAAGGGCAUAAACAUUUACAUCUUGCUGUUGUAAAGACAAUUACGGCUGGCUUCAGGCUUGCCUCCUAGGAGCUUCUGUAAUGUUUGACCCUUGCAAUAGCUGUAAAGAGGGGAAUCAAAUGCCUUUUCUCGAAUGAAGGGGAUGUGCUGCGUGAGCAGCACCAUUUCACUGUGUUGUCUUAUUUCAAGGUGCCUUUAACAAUCACCAGGAAGUCUAGUAGCUAUGAAAUUGCUUUGUACCAAAGAAUUUGUAGAAACCUAACCGAUUUGUCUUUGUUUUGAUGCAUUUAUAAAUUAUUCUGAAGUUA